GAGGCCUCAGGAGGUGCUGUAAGAUGAGGCUAUCUGAAAGGACGCCCAGACACCCUUAACUAUGCCUGGAGCCAGACUAAACAAGAAGCUUCUUCUCUGCGGAUUCUUUGUGGCAACUUUUUCAGUGUUUGGCUGGUUGAGACUCUUAUUCUUGAUAAACUCUUAUGAGUUCAGACCCAGAAGACAUGCUCCAGAUGCCACAAGAUUGUUCAGUACAGCAGUACCAAACCAUGCGGACUGGUAUAGACAACACUGUUUCGGGAACACGAAAGAAAAUUUCACCAUAGGUAAACUGGAAGACCUGAUGGAAGGAUGGCAUUCAGCACAACAUCCAGGCUGCAAAGAGCUACACCGAAUAUUUGAUGACAUCUACCAGGUGACGAGGAAGUCCGGCCAGGUGGUGAUCCCGGACACCUUCCAAACCAAAGUCCUGAAGUGGCUGGGAAAUAACUACGACUUACUGAAGGAUGUUAAACUACAGUUUGUGACCACUGUGUUCAACCUGAUCACACACGAGAGUUCUGUCUUCAACCCCAUCCGCUCCAAAAGACCUGGAGUUGCAACAGGAGACAGGGAUGUAGCAAGCUAUGUAGAUGAGUUGGCCAAAGAAACAGAGAAUGACUGCGACUUCUGUGCAUACCAAUUUAAAACAGCAGAAGACACAUUCGGCAGGAUAGAGUCCACACACUCUGCCACGGCUGCAAACACUUUCAAGUAUGACAGCUUCCACGCCCUCAUCCUCCUGAAGACCCACCAUCCCACGGCCUUCUCUGAAGAACAGUUCAUGGAUUUCACAAGCACAGCCAUGAAAUGGUUUAUGAAGUGUUACGACACAGACAAGCAGUACCGCUAUCCCCACCUGAUGUGGGACAGUCUGCCUAAAGCCAGCGCCAGCCAGGUCCAUCCACACGCACAGGCUAGUCUCAGUGCUGCCAGGCAUUACGGUCUGAUGGAGCACCUCCACCUGUCAGCAGAGCACUAUGCAGAUCAACACGACGGUGACAACUACUUUUCACACCUUCUGCAGAUCCACAAUGCACUUGGUUUGACCACAUUCCUCGGAAAUGCCUCUGCCAUGGCCUACCUGACACCUAAGAAAGACCAUGAAGUCUUCAUCAUGAGCAGAACUUCAGGAGAGGACUUCUUCAGACUUAUAUACUACACCAUUCGAACUUUUAUAGAUGAUUUAAAACUUCCAGCCUUCAGCAUGGCCAUGUUUUUACCAAGACUGGAGCCGUUCAGUGCGCCCACAUCAGAGGACAUCCCAGCAGUAGCCAGGAUCAUCACACGCGGCCCGCCGGACAACCCCAGAAACGACAUCAGUUCCAUGGAACUAUUUGGAGCAUCCAAUGUGAACGUCGACCCUUUUGCAGUGAUCGGACACAUCAAAAACACCAUACAUAGAAAUAAGAAGGGAGUACAGCCAUCCCCACAUGUGAAGGAGGAUGCUCUGAUUGAUCAGAAGAAAGAGGAGGCACCACAUGUACAGGCCACUCAGGAGAAGUCAGAGGUGAACAACCAAAACAGCAAAGAUUCAGACAAUCAAGUACAAGGUGGAGCAUUAUGACCAUCCGGGAGAAAAUUUUUAAUGUUUUGAUGUUGUCAUCAAGUUGUAUAUUUCUUAUAUUGCUCUGCAAUAAGUCCACUUGUCUUCCAAAAUACAAGGAAGAAAAUCAUGAUAAGUUGUAACUCAAAAGGUGGCAAAGACAAAUCAAAUAUAGGGAAGGAAGCUGUACACUUUUCAUAGUGUCCAAACCUAUUUUAGCUUUAUUUGAGUCUCUUUUGGUCUCUUUGCAGAGGACAAAAAGAGGCUUGGCGGUUAUUGUACAGUGCACAGUGUGGUUUGAGAUAUGAAGGGAAACAUGCAAGUUUUCAAAUGGUGGUCUAUCAAUGUCUUUGUCUUUGUGUGAAAAAUCCCAACGAGAAGAUAAAUUGUGACAAAAUUGAUAAGCUCAGUAAGCACAUCCUAAGUUCCUAAGUAUGUUAAACUUGAGAUUUAGAUCACGUGAGAUUGAAAGUCCUUAAAUUAUGUAAAAUGCAGUCAUACAUAAUGUACAUAGGGGAGAGAUAUUGCUGAAAAUAAACUUUUAUUCAUACC